GCUCCGGCUGAUGCUGUCCAGGCGCUGCCCAAGGCGAAAGGUUGCAGCGCGGUCGGGAGGCGCGGGAGGAGUCUGCUGGUGAUUGAUGGGGAAGGGACGAAUGAAUAAAAGUACUUGUCUGGGGACAGCGGAGACUCUGAGCGAGCCGUGGAGGCUACACUGUCUGGCAUUCUCUCAGCGUUUCGUCAGAGUCAGACCCGCCUGCAGCAGAAGGGAGGCGUGCUCUGCUCCCGCAGUAGGCUAGAACCGAGCAGCUCCGCGUCCCGGGACAGAGGUCCCCGCUCAUCCUACUGCGCCCACUGCGUCCGACCCGUAAGCGAGUCUCCGGGUUCUGAAAACUGUAGAGCGGCCAGUGAAUACCCACUGGAACAGGCAGCAACAUGCAGCCGCCGCCAAGCCUGAACCGACGCGCCUUGGUGGCGCUGAUUCUUGCCUGCGGCACAGCGGUGGUCUGCGGAAAGGAGACGGGACUCCAGCCUGCCCGGGCCACUCAGCUGCUUCUGGAGACAGAAGAGAUAAUAACGCCACCUACUAAGACCUCCUGGCCGAAGGAUUCCAAUGCCAGCCUGCUGCAGUCGUCUGCACCUGCCCAGGUACCUAAAAGAGGGAGACCUAUAGGAUCCCCAUCGCGCACCAUGUCCCCUCCGCCGUGCCAGAGAUCUUUUGAGAUCAAAGAGACUUUCAAAUACAUCAACACGGUUGUAUCCUGCCUCGUGUUCGUGCUUGGCAUCAUUGGGAACUCCACGCUGCUGAGAAUCAUCUACAAAAACAAGUGCAUGCGAAAUGGUCCCAACAUCCUGAUCGCCAGCCUGGCUCUGGGAGACCUGUUGCACAUCAUCAUUGACAUCCCUAUCAAUGUCUACAAGCUGCUCGCAAAAGACUGGCCAUUUGGAGCUGAGAUGUGCAAGCUGGUGCCGUUCAUACAGAAGGCCUCCGUGGGAAUCACUGUGCUGAGUCUAUGUGCUCUAAGUAUUGAUAGAUAUCGAGCUGUUGCUUCUUGGAGUCGUAUUAAAGGAAUUGGGGUUCCAAAAUGGACAGCGGUAGAAAUUGUUUUAAUUUGGGUGGUCUCUGUGGUUCUGGCUGUCCCUGAAGCCAUAGGUUUUGAUAUGAUCACAAUUGACUACAAAGGAAGUUAUCUGCGAGUCUGUUUGCUUCAUCCCACUCAGAAAACAGCCUUUAUGCAGUUUUACAAGAUAGCAAAAGACUGGUGGCUAUUUAGUUUCUAUUUCUGCUUGCCAUUGGCCAUCACUGCACUCUUUUAUACUCUGAUGACCUGUGAAAUGCUGAGAAAGAAGAGUGGCAUGCAAAUUGCUUUAAAUGAUCACUUAAAGCAGAGACGGGAAGUGGCCAAAACAGUAUUUUGUCUAGUCCUGGUCUUUGCUCUCUGUUGGCUGCCCCUUCAUCUCAGCAGGAUUUUGAAGCUUACACUUUAUGAUCAGAAUGAUCCCAAUAGAUGUGAACUUUUGAGCUUUUUACUGAUAUUGGACUACAUCGGCAUCAACAUGGCCUCCCUGAAUUCUUGUAUUAAUCCAAUUGCUCUGUACUUGGUGAGCAAAAGAUUCAAAAAUUGCUUUAAGUCAUGCUUGUGCUGCUGGUGCCAGUCAUUUGAAGAAAAACAGUCCUUGGAGGAAAAGCAGUCGUGCUUAAAGUUCAAAGCGAAUGAUCACGGAUAUGACAACUUCCGUUCCAGUAAUAAAUACAGCUCAUCUUGAAGGAGGAAUAUUCACUUAAUUUCAUUUUCCUUAUUUUGGACCGAAGUCAUUCAAACAAAAUGAAACAUUUGCCAAAAUGAAAUGUAACAAAACAAACAAAAAAAACUGUAUGUCCUCAUAAAACAAUGUAAAUAUGGAAGAGUGAUUAUUUAACACUCAUAGUUAACACGUGACAUUUUUUGAGCUGGUUACAGAAUGAGUAGGAAAGUGAUAAGAAUUAAGAAAGCCUGGUUGUGAAAGCACUUAAUUUUUUACAAUUAGCACUUCAGUGUAACUCUUCAUAACUUCCAGCAUAUUCAGACAGUGCUUACUUUAAAAAUGAGCUCAUUUAGAACUCCUAUGAAAGGAGUUUAUUUUUAAGUCAUGUGAAUCUGGUACAAAGGAAAAAAACACCACUGUAAAACAGAACUCUUAAAUGAAGUUUAUAUUACUCAAUGUAAAAUUUUGAACAUUCUUUAAAACAACUUGUUUACUGAUAGAAUCACACCAUUGGUCGAACUGUAAUUGGAUGCAAACUGUGAAAGCAGUAGAGUUGGUUUAUUUUUUGGACAUUAGAAGCAUUUAAAUGAUCAGGAGGGAAUGUCAAAACAAGAGAUUAAGGUUGUUUUUGAAAAUCAUUACUCUCUACAUUCAGUAAGAUCAACUGUCACAAAGGAAAAGAGAAAGAAGGUUUGAAACGCUACCCUGAAAAAUUUCUUUGAAAUCUCUCAUUCACAUGCAAAGAAAAUACUACCUACAAUGUUUUCAGGAUUAUCAACAUAUUCUUCUUUCACUAUUACAGUUUAAACUCUGUUCUCUUUAGUUUCAGCAUCUGUAAAUACUUAGCUAUAGACACUACAUGUAGAUGAUUAAAUGAAGGGCAGGCCCCAGUGUUCAUAGCUUUAUGAUGGAGAGAUGCCAAUGACCCCACAAUGGACAGAAUGUGAUUGCCUGGUGCAGAGUCCACAUGGCAAAAAUACAUGCAGCAUCCUCUCUCACCCAUGCCGUAGUGGAAAAGAGCUCUAGAAUAUGUACAAUAUUAUAGUGAAAAUAGUAUUUUUAAAAAUCAUACAAUUUAGUCCACCUAACAGCUACCUGUAAAACUUACUACUAAUGUUUAUAUUAUUUUUGGAAAUAACCAACGGAAAAGUGUUCUUGAUAUGGUGCUUUUCUAUCACUUAGAAGCAAAACUGCUCUUGGAGACUAAGAACUUCCUAACUUUGUGCAUUCUUGCUUAAGCUUUUAACCUCUUCAACAAAGUGCCUUAGGUUAACUUAGGAUGAUAUGUGUGUGAAAGUAUGUAGAAGGGAAAACCGAAGAUACAGGAAAUGAGGUGGGUGAAAGAAAACCCAUGGGGUCAGAUUCCCAUUCUUAGCCUGACGUUCGUCAUUCCUCGUCACAUCAAUGCAAAAGGUCCUGAUUCUGUUCCAGCAAAACACAGUGCAAUGUUCUCAGAGUGACUCCAGGAACAAAUUGGACCCCAGAGCUUUAACUCCAUCUUAAAAUAUAGUAGAAUUUCUCCCUUUUUUUUUUUUUUUUUUUUUUACUUAGCCAGGCCAUGUGAGGAAGAUAAGCUAAUACUGUUGUGUUCUGCCAGCAUCUAAUGUGAGGACACAGUAAACCAAAAUCCAACGAUGUGGCCAGAAAGAAAGGGCAAUAAUUAAUUUACAUGCCACAUGGGCUCUAUUUAUAAAUAACCCACAAAUAUGUUGGUUAAUUUAUUCCCAAUGAUUUUUUUUCAGAUACCUGUCAUCAGAAAAGAUAUUUCAGAUUUUUCAUUUUAAAUUAACUUUGGGUCACUAAUGUCUUUUAUCAUCUGUAAGUAUAGUUUUAUUUAAGUUUUAGCUCAUUUUUAUUACUAGUAUUGAGUUUUUGCAUCAUAAUACCCUCCUGAUUCACAUCCAAAUGACCUUUCUUUCUCCAUGUCAGAAUCAUUGUCUAUAAUCAUCUUGCCAAAUUUUGAAGCUGCACCCAAAAAGUGUGCAUGCAUUG